GACUAUUCUUCCUUUUGCUGAUCAUGAAAUUGCUGAUCGACAGGUUCAUUUGAUGGAGGAUUAAGUUUCCCUGCUGUUCCACAAGAGGUCAGAGCAGUCCAAACUGACACUUUGUUCUGUACUAUCAGUGUAUGAAUAUCACUGAUUUCUUACCAAUGAAAACAGUGACCUUUCAUAGUAGGAACUCUUUUGUUUUGUUUUGUUUUUUUUUGAGAAAAUAUUCACACCUUUGUAUUUCAAUGUGUAUCUUGUUGUUUAAUCAUGAACUUGGUGAAAUUACUAGAAAGCUAGUGAAAAUCAUAAACAUCAAGAAGAGCAGAUAGUAUGGUUCUAGUUAGUGGCAUCUUACCAGUAGAACCAGCAGGAUGUGAUGGAACUGGCCUCCCAUAAAACAGAUGUGGGACAAAAUGUAAAAAAAGAGUAUGCUUUGAUAAACAUGCAUGACUUUCUAUCUAUUUAUCUUAACGUAUCUGUAGAGUUCACAUGAUAAAAAGCAAAAGCAGCCAAAGUCAAUUAAAGGCACAUUUAUGAUUAAUAUUCCUCAUUAACAAAUCUAAUUAUUUCAAGGAACACAUACAUAAUAAACUUUGUUGUUGAGCCAGUUCAUUCAUUCGUACUGUGAGCAGGUGGGCUGGAUAAGAGUGCCUCACUUUCACAGAAGAAGGAGUUGUUCAACCAGAUUUCAGUGUUCAAUACAACUGUGUGUCGGUGGAGAGCUAUUGUUGUCUAAUAGACGCAGUGGAAGAUUGUAACUGACGGUCCCCAUGUGGAGUUAUUCUUACCUAACUUCAAAGGAUGAGUUGUCUUAAGAAUUUUACAAAUCGAGUCCAGACAUUAAAGAAUCAGUUAUUAAAACAGACUGCAGACAGAAACUCAUGCAGCGAAGGUCAACAGACGGUAAGUUUUCCAAAUGAAAUAUAUGUUUCUCUUUUUGCACUCAUAUUCAAAACAGGACAGGAAAAUAUUAAUAUUUUCAGUGUAGAUUUUGUACUAGUCGUUUGCAAUUCCUCAGCUAACAUUAUUGUUUCAUGUAAUUCUCUCUCAGAUGUGGAUUAUGCUAAUACUACUACAAUUCUCUGGAUUGUUUUGACGCAUUGUGUCUACAACCUAAAUACUACUAUAAUGACAAACUUCAUUUUAAAAACAGGGUUGGGGGGGAUUCCUCUGGCCAGGAAGAUGUGUUAUGCUGUGGGUGGGGUCCCAUAUCAGAUUACCAGAAUAGCUAUAAGUGUUUCCAUGCAGAUUUUCCUUCUGGAUCUUGUGCAGAUGGAGGCCUUCUAUGUUUCCAUGAUUUUGUUUGUGAGUCAUGCCUGGGAUGCUGUGACUGACCCUCUGGUUGGAUAUCUGGUGAGCCGCAGUAACUGGACACCCAUCGGCAAACUAACUCCAUGGCUAGUUCUUUCCACUCCGUUUGGUGUCCUGUCCUAUCUGCUGCUGUGGUUUGUGCCACAGGGUUCAAUGUCUCAGGAUCUCUGUGUGCUGUGGUUCCUCACAGCAACCUGCUUGUUCGAGACCCUCAUGAGUUGCUACAACGUUCCUUACCUCUCACUCAACAUGUUCCUGGGGGGAGAUCACAGGGACAGAGACUCUGCCACAGCCUACAGGAUGAGUGUGGAGAUGGUGGCGAUGCUGUUGGCUUCGGUAAUUCAAGGUCAAGUUGUAGCUGUGUACAACACAGAAAAACAAGAGGCCUGCCAACAUCUGGACCAUGAAACACCUCAAAGCACAUCUUUACCAAAUACUGCAUCUCUUCCAGAAACACAAAAGGCUUUUCUGACCUCAGCUCUGGUCAUGGGCGCCUUGUUUUUCCUCUGCAGCCUGGUUCUCUUCCUGGGAGUGAAGGAGCAGAAGGCCCCUCUCUGCUCUGAUGACAGAGUACGACCGUCCUAUCUGAAUUCGCUAAAGAUGCUGAUAUGUCACAUGCCUUACCAACGACUGGUGCUUGGUUUUGUGUUCAGUGCACUUGCAUUUCAGAUGUCCUUGGGUAAUUUUGCACUUUUUUGCAGUCAUGCAGCUGGGCUUGGAGCCCAGUUCCAGCACCUCCUACUGGUUCUUCUGACUGCCGCCUCAAUAGCAGUCCCUCUGUGGCAAACAGUUCUUCUGAGAAUAGGAAAAAAGGCCACAGUUUUCAUCGGACUAUCACUCUUCAUCCCAGCAGUGAUUAUAGUUGCCUGUGUUCCCGGUAACCUGCCAGUCUUCAUGACUAUGUGCAUUCUGAUGGGAUUCAGUGUGGCGACCUUAUUUUUGCUACCCUGGUCUAUGCUCCCAGAUGUGGUGGAGGAUUUUGCUGUGAGACAUCCCGCCUGCAAAGACCUGGAGCCUCUGUUUUUCUCCUGUUAUGCCUUCUGCAGCAAGCUGGCGGGAGGCCUGUCUGUUGGGAUCUCAACCAUGACAUUACAGUUUGUGGGCUACAGAGCGGGUGCAUGUAACCAUGGUGACGGAGUGGUGACGGCUUUGAUUGUGCUGUUCUCACCAGUUCCUAUUGCACUUCUGCUGAUAGGAAUGGUCUUUUUUCGCUCCUACCCAAUCAAUGAGAGGCUGCUCUGGGAACAACUGACCACAGUCUACCCAGAAUCUUCAUCAGCCUCAUCAGACCCAAGAGAAAAUGCAGAGCAGCAAACAAUUUUGCAGCAGACCCAUGCUGGUGUGAUAUCAACUUCACAUUGUAACACAAUGUCAAAUAGCACAUUGAAGUCAUCUGUCCUUUCAAAGGCAGCAAAGAGCCCUUCUGAAGAAUACAGCAGGCCUAAAUCAGUUGUCCAGUCAAAUGUAAAUCCUCAGUGUCAUAAGCAGAGACUCAGCCCUUACCAGCACGCUGGAGAAGAUACACUGGAUAAGUUUUUCUGAGAAUGAA